GCUGACAGAGGGCCGGAGGCGGCAGUAGGAAGGAGAGGGAGGCGCCGGUAGCCGCAGUGACAGCCGCGAUGGUGGCAGGCGCUCCGGCGGGGGGAGGCGACUGAGAGCUAGUGACUGUUUUAAAGGCUGACAAAUGUAUUCCAGAUUGGAAAAUGGCUGCAUUCCUUCGCUACCUCCAUUAAACAACUGACUUAACACAGGUGACAGAGGAGAAGUGGUAAGAAAAUGCUUGGAUCAGAACGUGCUGUGGUAGAAGAAUGGCUGUCAGAAUUCAAGGUGUUACCUGAAACACAGAUCGCCAGUUAUGCAGCCACGCUUCACCGGAAAAAAACAUUGGUGCCUGCUCUUUACAAAGUCAUUCAGGACCCAAACAAUGAGCUUCUGGAGCCCGUCUGUCACCAACUCUUUGAACUCUACCGUAGCUCUGAGGUUCGACUCAAAAGGUUCACGCUGCAGUUCUUACCAGAACUGAUCUGGGUUUACCUGCGUCUGACUGCCAGCAAAGAUCGACAGAGCAACGGCUGUAUUGAAGCCCUGCUCUUAGGGAUUUACAACUUGGAAAUUGCUGACAAAGAUGGGAACAAUAAGGUUUUGUCUUUCACCAUCCCUUCUUUAUCCAAGCCAUCAAUUUACCACGAGCCAUCUACUAUUGGAUCUAUGGCUUUGACGGAAGGAGCCCUUUGUCAACAUGACCUUCUCAGAGUAGUUUAUAGUGACCUGCACCCUCAAAGAGAAACGUUUACGGCACAGAACAGGUUUGAGGUGCUGCGGUUUCUUAUGUUGUGUUACAACUCUGCCAUUGUCUACAUGCCCGCCUCUUCUUAUCAGUCGCUUUGUAGGAUGGGUUCCAGGCUCUGUGUGAGUGGGUUUCCACGGCAACAUGAAAAAUACUGGAAGGAAGAUUGUGGUAGAGUAGUCCUGGAUCCUGACUUCAUGGUUCAGCUCCUCACUGGAGUUUAUUAUGCUGUAUACAACGGACAGUGGGAUCUCGGCCAAGAAGCUCUGGAUGACAUCAUUUACAGAGCGCAGCUUGAGCUCUAUUCACAGCCGCUGUUGGUUGCGAAUGCAAUGAAGAACUCCUUGCCCUUUGAUGCUCCUGACACAUCACAAGGAGGACAGAAAGUGCUGAAGGUGGAGGUGACGCCAACUGUGCCGAGGGUUUCUCGGACUGCCAUCACAACUGCUUCGAUCCGCCGGCAUCGCUGGAGAAGAGAGGAUGGCUUUGACUUCUCAAGUGAUGCUGACUUGAGCAUUCCCGGAUCUCCGAUCCUUCCUGGCUCCACAGACCUAGGGAUCAAACGCAAGCAAGAGGGGGACGUGCUGGUGCUCAGGACCCCUGAGCAUGGCUCACCGGAGCCCAACUUGACAUCAGCUACUGCAGAGGAUGUUGAUGGUAUCAAUGGAAGAGAAGAAUCCAUCAAUCUGAAUGAUGCCGAUGAAGGGUUUUCAUCUGGGGCAUCCCUGAGCAGCCAGCCGGUUGGGACCAAACCUCCUUCCUCUGCAUCCCAGAGGGGAAGCUUACGGAAAGGAGGAAAUAGCCGUUCAGCCAAGGAAAAAGAAGCAGUCUCAGCUACCAAGUCCAGCGAGAGCCCCCGAGAGCCUGCUCGUAAGCCGUACCUACACCAGUCGGUCGACCUGGGGACAGAUGCGGUUGAACUGACUCCUACGAAGAAACACCUCAGCCUGCCUGCUGGGCAGGUGGUGCCAAAAGCCAGUAGCGUGAGCCUGAUCCGGACUGCCAGUGCUUCUUCCAGUAGAUCCUUUGACUACGUGAAUGGCAGUCAAGCAGGUUCUGGUAUUGGCCUAGGCAGUGAGGGUGUCACUAACUUGGCGUCUGGCAACACCAAUAGGUUUUCAACUAUUAGUCUACAGGAGGACCGCUUAGGCCAAGCUGGAAACGGGAAGGAUGUCCUCGGGCCAGGAGCUCCUCUGACCAAGCAGUCCCGAUCCCCGAGUUUCAAUAUGCAAUUGAUAUCCCAAGUUUAGCUUUGUUGUUCUGCCCCCCCUGCCCCUGCCCCUCUUUGAGCAGCAACAGCAGCUAUUAUCCUAUACGGUGUGAAAACCCCUGGCUUUUGUGAUCUCGUUCGAUUCAUUUUAGAUACCACAUUAUAUUUUGUACUGAAACAGCAAUAAAACCUCAUGUUCCAGUCCCUCUCGCCCACCCCUUUCCUGCCUCCUCCCCUCCCCUGUGAUUGUGAAGCAGUAUGAAAUUGUACUAUCUGCCUUUUCCAUGCAUUCCUUUCUCCUUGGGUGAUGUGCAAUCCAUUGUAGGCCGAUCAGUCCCAUUUCAACACUGUGAGUCUUGAGAAGAUCAGAGGAAAUGGUGAAUGUGAUCCCUAUGAAAACGAAGCUUUUGGCUUUUCUGAGAAAUAGAAACGGGUUAGUUUUCUCAAUCUGCAGUUCUGCAAAGACUACUGGAUUGUGACUUUUCUUUUGUUUCUUGGAACCAGGAGUGCCUCAGAGAUGGUGUGGAACUUCUGGACUCUGAGUUCGUGCAGCCAGUUCCGAGGGAGGGGAAUGCUGUCGUUGCUGCUGGUGGCUGUCGAAAUGCACUUUGUCACUGAAAUGAGAGUAGUCCUCCUUCUCUGCCGUUCUUCACUCUCUUCCCCCUAAACUUUUAACGUUCAGCAACUGAGACGUGCAUGUUACCAAGUUGGUACCCACUCCGCUCAGAAGGAGCGGGCAGUAAGUAGACAGUGUAGGUUACAAUACACUUUUAAUGGCGUUGUAGCCAUGUUUCUUGUUACAUGUCUUCCCCCUCCUUGAGGACACAGGGUUGUAUUUGCAUAUAUACACGAGGACUUUGAGAAAAAAAAGAAUUAUGUUUAUCAUAACAGAGAAAUGGAAAAGGGGCACCUGGUUUUCCCAAGCUACUCGGUUGCUGUUCCUUUUAAGAUGUUAUUUUUGUAAGUCGGUGAUCCUCGAACUGAACAAAAAUAGCUGCAGGCGAAGUGGGAGAAUUUUUCAGGGUCCUUAGAGUGGUGUGACUAAAUUAGGUUGCAGUCAAGAUGGGAGCGUUCGCCAGCAUGAUGUGCCAGGAAACAGAGGUGACUCCUCGCAGUUAAAACUGAAACAUCAAUGUUCCCUUAAAACACCGUGCAAACGGAAAGUGUGUUAGCAGUCUUCUGUCCCAGAGGAAGAGUUCUUUGCCUAUCUUUUGAUUAAUCCGGUGCAUUUGUGAUCGUUUCACGUAUCUAGUAGUGGGUUUGCCCCUACUGUUGAUCAUCUGAGAACUUGUGCUGUCGAUUCUACUUUUGAGCCCACGUCACUAGUGUGUGGGUCAUAUUUGGCGCCAAUUCUGUAGAACUCUACUUUAAACUGCGUUUCUUAUUCCAAAGGAAAAUGUUGAUCAUGUUUUGGUCUGUCUUGUAUACUUAAGAAACAAAAGGCAAUGUGCGUUAAUUUUUUAUCCCUUGCUAUAUGUUGAACUGGAAUUUUACAGGUUAUUUAUUAAUCUGUGGAAUGAAUGGAAGUUAUAUUUUCCCCCACUGGUAGUUUGGGUUCAUUACAUUGGAUGAAGAAGCUUUGGGGUAGUAAAAAGGUAAUAAGCUAUUUUUGGUGAAUUAGAACUCCUUCAGAACUCUGAAGUGCCAUUAUAUUGGUAGUGAGUAUUGAAAACCAUUUUUAAACGUAAUGAACUACAAACCUGUUUUGUUUUGUUUGUUUGUUCCUCUUUUCCUCCCUGACUCUCUAACAAAAGUUGGGCUUCUUGAAAAGAAACCUAGCCAAGCAAAUAGUAACUUCUUUUAGCGCAGUUGUUAGAACGGUUGCUCUGGAAGGGCCCUUACUGAAACUAAACUGAUGCUAAACUAUUUAAUAUCAUAUAAUGGAGAUUCAGGAAAGCUGAUCUGUGAAUCACUAGUUAAUUGCAAAUCAAUAUAUAUGUGCUAUUUAGCUUUUCCAAGCCUCUUUUUUGACUCUGACAUCAUUGUUAAAGGGUAAUGCCAAGGAGGUGCUUCGGAAAGUGUUCGUUUUCAUAUAAUGGUGAUGGGUUCCUUUCUUUUUCUACGGCCCUGGCAUGAUCCACGCUUAACCAGAAUUUGUGGCUUUGCAGAAACACUUCCCUUUUUUGAAGAGUAGAAACCAUGUCAGGGAUCCAGAGGCCCCACAAGAUUUGUUUUGCAUGCCCAAGAUGGGUUGGGUUUGUAUUUUUAAACAAACAGUAGCCCAUCGUACCACAUAUCCAUCUGCUUUUGAACCUGCAGGCACUUCCAAAAGCCAUGUGGCAACAGAGGGUCUAGUGGGGUGAGACCAUAUGUUCAGAGAGGUGAAAAAUCCCUCGAGUCUGACAAGAGCCCUUUGGAAUCUGCCCUGUUUUCUGAAUAGACGAAGCCCUAAAAAUGAAUAUUAGUCAAAGAGGGAAAAAACAGCCGUGACGGUGCUGAGGACAAUUUCACUACGUUGCGUCCUUGGGAAGACGGAUGUCAAAUCUUCAAGCUAGUUUUACGAGAACAAGACAGUGUAUUUCUGAUAGAUAGUUGUAGUGCAUGCACCCUAUAAAAACUGCUUAUUAAGCAUAUUGGUGGUUGGUAGCCCUGCUCUCCCAUUUGAGUGAUCAUUUUUUACUGUAAGUCUUUGUCUUACAGUGCAUAUAAAUUACACACAAACGCACUAAAUGACAAAAAUUUUCUUGUCUGUGUUCUGUUUUAAAUUACAGUAAUUUCUAGGGAUGGCAUGGUCAGAUAGCAGCAUUCCAACUCAAACUGAUCAAUAUUUUUUUUUCUGUUUGGUAAAAUGUCUUGUUUUUCUUUGUUUUCACUUCCUUUUGGCAUAUUUUAAUAUUUGCUUGCUGUUCUUCAUUUCACCAUUAUUGUUGUAGAUUCUCUUUCUCUCUCUUUGUUGCUCCCAUAACUGCAGCAUCUAGAGAAUUAUGUCUUGUAAUUGAUGAAUGCAACUGAAAAUGUGUGGCUCAUUGGAUCAAAGCAGACAUGAUGCAGGAGUUGUGUGGCUGUGCUCCCAUACAAAUUUGUUUAGACUUCAAAGCAGUUGGUUGGAGAUGCUUGCUUGAUUGGGGGAUGUGGCGCCAUGGAUCACUGUUUCCUCCUGUGCAAUUUCCACGAUCUAAAUCAUAUCCCUAGAGCUGCUUUGUAUUUCUUGUGAAUCAGGGGGAAAGGUUAAAUACCCCAUCCCCCACAGUACCACUUGGAAGUCAGGUUCACAGCUCCACACUUGUUCUUCAACUUAUUCAAACCAAGCAAGCUGGGCCCAGGGCGGGGGGGGGGGGGGGGGCCCUUGUUCACUGAAAUUAAGCAGUCGUGUUAGUGGGUUGAGUUCUUGCUGCUUUAGUGUCUUCUGCUCCAUGCAAAGUUGUUCCAAAGUUAUGCUAAAGCAUUGUUUGGAUGCUGGGUAGGCAUAAACAGUGUCUGAGUGUAGAUGAAGUGUUACCCCAUUUGUUAGGGGACUGGAAAGUCUCUUUAGGCUUACAUGCACCUGCUUCUCUUCUCCUACUGAAAUUCCUCCCUUUCGUUUGUUUUCAAUGGCAUCUGCACAGAAAUAUAUCUCAAGAUUAGCUAGCUUUAAAUCAGAGAUGGUGGCCUAGUUCUAGUCAGGGUCUCAAAUACUGGUUUAAAGCUAUCUAUGGUUCAUGUUCAGUUUGAACCAGGCUUAAUGCUCAAAGGAAGAGAGUGAGUGAGGCAGGUGGAUUAUAUUGAGCUUGAGGGAUAUUGCUAUUCUCUUAGCCAUGGUUAAGAGAGUGCAGAAACUUUUGCACCUUAACCCUCUGUGCUCGAUGAAUUGAUAUGGGAAUGAGAUGAAAUGGCAUUGAAUUAAGAUGGAUAUGUUAGCCUUGUCAAAUGAGGUAAUUGCUGUUAGCAUUGGCCAAAAAAAGCUAUUUACCCUAAAGGAGAUGUGUUGGACAAAAUAUUUUUCAAUGACAAAAAACAGAUACUUAUAUAUACAGAUCUUUGCUCCAAGCAAUUCUGUUAUGUCAUAGCUCCAAUUACAUUGUGAUGGCAACUCCUAAUAGUGAUUUGUUCCAAGUGCAGCUAACAUGAGACGAACAAAAGGUUCCUCAUGUAUAAAUUUUCAAGGACCUGUGGAAGAAUGUUAGUUCGAAAAGGUUGUUCUGAAAAUGAAAGCUGGAGUAGGUAAAAUGAUGCAAUUUGUGUGUGGGGUGGGUGGGUGGGUGGGUGUUGGCAUACACUAUGGAGGAAGAUCACUGCAUAUCAGUUGAACUUGCAUGUAACUUUUGGCUCUUCAGCCAUUGUAGGUGUGGAGGAAAGAGUAACCAUCCAACUACUAGUUAGUCAGCAGACUUAAAUGGCUGGUCUUUUGGUUCUAGAGUUGGACAACCUCUCAGAAUUGCCUUCACACCACAGCUUGGCAGAAAGCAGCUGGAUUGAUACAAAACAAGACCAAAUCUUAUGCUGACUCUGAAAACAUUGGACCUCAUUCGCUGCAGAUAUUACAGGCAGCUCUCUGGUUUAGUUUUCUCAGCAUGAAACUUGUACACACGGAAAUGAUACAUUCACGUCAUAGUGGAUCUGUGUCAGAUAAGCUCCUUGUAGGAUUUGCAAAUGUAGUGGUGUUUGAUAACAUAAACCAGACAUUUCAUGUUGAAUCUUUUGUUCUAGGUUUAAAGUAGUUGAUUUCACAUGUUUUGACUCUGCAGGUAGUGAAACUAACCAUGUUUUUGGACUUUUUUUUUUUGCACUACUUUUGUGAACAGUAGAAUUUGGGAAAGAUUUUUGUUUCUUACGUGAUGGGUGUGUGUGUAUGUGAAUAGAAGCAUACAUUUGUCAUGUGUUGACAAUCAGUUGCCUCAAUUGUUUAUAUGCUCUAUGUAAAUAUAAUCAAUAAUAUAAGAUCCUAAGGCAAAAUGUAUUCCUAAAUAGCAACAAAGCUACUGCAUCUUUCUUACCUCUUAAUAUAUAACAUUGUUUGCAGUUUCAUCUUUAAUAAUCAGUAUUUACCUGUCAGGGAAAAGACUUUUCAGGUGGCUACAGAUAUAUUCUGGUAGAAUAAUUUUAGAGCAGGAACUGCUACCACAAAAUUAUAACUCAAACUACAAUGACCCCUUCCCCACCAGAAUACACCAGUUGCCAUUUAACUUGUAAAACAGUUCAGGUGUUAGGUAAUAUACAGUGUAUUUUAUUUAAGAGAUCUCAAACACACCGAAAGUCAACAAUAUAACAAUGUGGAUAAUUUUUCUCUUGCAUGUUUGGUUUCAGAAAAGGUUGUGCAUUUAUACAGGAAUGUACAAAGCACAGUGUGACCAGCUACUGUACUUAAAAAGGAAGUCAGGCAAACUUUCAAGUUCAACUGGUGAAAUUGCCAAAGACAUGUUAACUUAUUGUCUAGUAUUAAAUGUGUUAUGGAUACGCAGAGAUAGAUUAUGUAUGUAAACUCCUCUACUGGUCCGUUCAUGAUUAAUUUAUUGUUUUACUCCCACCAUGUACAACAAAUAGAUAAACUUUUUUGGCAUAGAUGGAGGCAUGUACACUGUUUUGAAAUCACUGAGACAUAAUUGCUUAGAUGUAUGUUUCACCACCGGGAUCUGCGCACUUCUGUUCAGGUCUUAAAUGUGCCAGAUCCCUGUGGAUUGCAUCUACUGUGCUUAUUUUGAAAUGGAACAUUUAAUUAAUCCUACAAUGUCUUAAGUCUGAGUUCCAAAGAGCUAGUCGGGAUGCGUCACAGGCUUAUACUAAACUUUUAAGGUUUAAUAUUUGACGCUCUCUUUGGGUGGGGUGCAUUCCUGCCUCACUGCAAACUCUUCAAGUUUAAAGACCUAUUUUGCUGAGUGGCAGUGAAAUAAAAUAUCGUUAAAUAAAAACAUCUAAAAGUCUCUGCCAUGAGUUUUGGGUUGUUUAUACCCACUAUAAUUUCAUAUUUCAUUUAGUAGUUUAACUUUGUGCGCAGUAAGUAACUUGAAUAAUCUAUAAUCUGCCUCUAAAAUGUACUAGACUAGAAAGUAUUCAUCACCCUUGAAGCAUCUCCAAAUUGUACAUGAGUGGGAUUUUGGAAGUAGAUGCAGAUAAAAAUGGUGAGACAACCAUUUUCCACAUGUUAAGUCAAAGAUAAAUUCAGUGACAUUCUUUCAUUUAGAUACAGGAGCAAAGGAUGGAUUUGUGUAGUCAUUUAAAAUAAAUGACUGGAAAACUUAGGGGUGAUUGGGACAGAGAAUAGUUCUAAAUCACAACCUGUUCCAUAGCGAUCUUCAAAAUUACAACUUAUAAUGCUGUAUCUCAAGGUUGUACAAGCUGAAGGCACUCACAAUUGUGAAUUACUUCCUAACCUUCCCAAAGCACUCUCUGUUCCCCCUAGAAAGGCACUGUUAGUGGUUGGAAGUUACAGUAGGAGAACUGGGCAAGAAUACCCCCCAGUGAUUCCUCUAACAUUUAGAGCAGGGGUGUCCAACUCUUGUGCUUCAGAUGUUGAGGGACUACCAUUCCCAUCAGCCCCUGCACCAGAGUUGGACACCCCUAAUUUAGAGUGAAGUAGGGGCAAUUUUAUUCAGUUCCCCAUGCUCAAUACAGUGCAUUUUCCCUGGUGGCAGCAAAUUAUCAGGGGUUGCAGAGAACUGCCGGGAGAAAGGAAAGCAGAGAUGGCACCCCUCCAUGUGUUGGAACCAUUGGAUCAAAUCCUGGUGAUGGUAAGCAUAGGUUAUAUCGGUUGGUUUAUUGCAGAGGUGUUCAACUCUGGUAUUUCAGAGGUUCAUGGUCUACAAUUCCCAUCAGCCCCUGCAGUCCAUGAACUUCUGAAGUGCCAGAGUUGGGCACCUCUGGUUUAUUGUCUCUGAUGAAAAGUUCCUCCAGUUUUCAAAGAACUUUAAAAGCAAAAUUAGCAGUUAGUUUACUCUCCUUUUCUGGAAGUAUCAUUAGAUGCAUACGUAUUGUAAUAUUUGAUAAUUUGGGAAUUGGUUACUGCGAAAUAUAUGUGUGCUGCUUUGCAGAAGCAGAUCUUUUCCAGCUUCCCCAAGCAUGCCUCCGCCCCCACCCCACAAUCAAGAAACAAAUGACGGGAGUGCAUUCAACUGUAGUAAGAUGGAGAAACUGGGCAAUAAUAUCAUCUCUCGCUUUCCUCUUCUGCAAGCUCCCAUUAAGAGCUAUUUUGCUUGAUCCUCCUCGCUCAGUGUGACAGUCCCCUGGGCUGGGUGACUUUUUGUCCUUGCAAAUCUUACAUGACUGCCAACAUUGGUUGUUUGGAAGUCUCGGUGGGGAGGGGAGAAAUCUGUGUCCAAGUGCCUUCUGCUUAUACUUCCUAAGAUCCAAUACUUUGUGGUUUUUCUUAGUCACUGAUGUUAAUUUCUGAGAAUAGUCCUAUUUAAAUUACAAGGCACAGAGGUUUUAAUGGGCUGAAAAGGAUACCGUUUAUGUAUUUUGACCUGUCAUUUAUUUUAAAAGCCGAGUUUCCAAGGAUUCUUUUGUGCAGUUUUGUUUCAAUAUACAUUUAAAUCCUAUGGCUACUCUUAAGCAUAUAACAGAAUAGUUUCUGGUGCUUUAAUUGAGAUGGGACCAAGAUUCCUUCAUUUGGGCAUGACCAUCAAGGGUCAGUCCGGUAGUUUAAAGACCCAUAUCUUAAUCCUACAUACGAUAGCCUUGAAAUUGGUGGCGCAGGGAUAGGAAGACUACUGAAUUUUCUUAAGUUUACAGAGCUCUCCUUCCUUUGACUUGAAAUUUUUAUUUAAGAUAAACAGGACUGUAGAGUUUAUCCGGUUUCUGACCUGUAAUCAGUUUCUAAUUUAGUAAUCAGUCUGGAUCAGGGGUCUGCAACCUGUGGCUCUCCAGAUGUUCAUGGGCUACAAUUCCCAUCAGCCCCUGCCAGGGACUGAUGGGAAUGGUAGUCCAUGAACAUCUGGAGAGCCACAGGUUGCAGACCCCUGGUCUGGAUAGAUUCGUGGAUCUUUGCACUUUUCUGUGUUCAUUCAGCUCUUGAAGGUUAUUAAACCUAGACUGCUUAUGAUGUUCUUAGCAUUAUUGUAAACAUUGUGGAAAGGGCAUUUUGGAGUCAGCUGUUUUUUUUUUUGUUUGAAAAGUGGCUCGAUGUGCCAGCUAUAAAGAAAUCUCGUAAUUGGGAACACACCAUUGCAUUUACCUAGAGGCGGGGUUACCAUGCUGUCAGUUACUUGAUUCAGCCAGUCAUCAACAACGAUGCAUGGGUCUGGAUAGUUUUUGCAGACUAUUACUUAUUACAGGUUGUGAAUGGAGAUGCCCCAACGAAUUUUUAAUAUUUGUAAUAAGAUCUGCUUUACAGUUAAUGUUUUGAUUUGUAUUGUCCUGUUGAGUUGCAGUCAGUUUGACAAGCAGCUUUAUAAUCCUCUGAAAGUGAAGGACCUUUUCCCUCUCCUCUAUUUCUUAUACAAGGUUUAUUCGCUGAACUAAGAUUUUUGAAGAAUUUUUACUGUGUUGGCAUUAUGCAACCUGUUUUACCUCGUUCGCAAAAGGAGCAUUGUCAGAAAAACACCCCACUUUACUAUAAACACGAUCUGUUUGGUAAAAGGACUUGGAAAUUCUGUUAAUAUACCACCAGCAUGAGUUUGCAUGUUGGUAACAACACCCAAAACAUUCAGGAUUUAGUGCUGGCAAAGGAAUAAUAAAAAUGGAUGUGUAAUAAAUGCAGUUACCUAAUGUGAGUCCUCUGGAAGAACUCAGCUCAGCUCAGCUAAAAUGUUUGAACAUCAUUCUAUUGGUGCAUGUAAGCCAUUAUUAUAACUGUCUUACUGAACCUGGUUAAUGCUGUUGACUGUUGUUGAAAAUGUGAAAUGUAGUUAACUGUUGACCUUGUAAAUAUCUGCCAGAGAUAAAGAAUAUUUUAAAUCAUUGUAAAUACAGAUGUAUAAAAUUGAAACAUCUGCAAUGCAGAAAUAUAAAUAUAUAUAUAAAUAUAAAUAUAAAUAUAUAAAGAUGUUUAAAAUAAAUAUUGUGCUGUUUCUGG